UCGAGGGUCAGGUCUUCGAACAUAAUCGUCCACACGCCAGUCAGUAGCACCGCGGAUUCUGGUACCACGCGACGCCGAUUUUCCAUAAUACAGAAGUCGCCAAGUUAACCACUCGACACGAAACGUUUCGUGGAUUCUCUUCCGGUUUUGUUCGUUUUUCUCUACGGGAAAUCGGAAAUCGUGACGAUCAUGACCGUGAACACGUUCGAUCUCAUGGACAUCCUCGGGUUCUCGAUCCUAUUCCACUUCAGCGUUAGCCUGCUGCUGUUGGUCGUCUUGGUGCCGGUGUUUCUUCUCGUAUAUCCGGUGUUAACGUGGUCGAGGAAGGGUUGGAUACGUUUCGUUAAAUGGAAAUACCCGAACGUUGUCGUCGUGGAGGAGAACACUAUACGAACGAUCUUGGACCAAUUUCGGAAUCACGGCAUUUAUACUUUGCUGAUUCAAGGCCGUUCGAUCGCGGAAGGUAUACGAGGCCAUUUAGUGCACUUGACUUCGUCCAGGAGAUUCCUGCGGGCAGGCUUGUCCACGAGAUGGGGUCUAUACGUUUGGAGGGAUCUCGAUUAUUUCUCGGUGGACAAUCAUUUGUUGAAUUCACCGUGCUCUUUUAGAGGUCGACCUAUCACGGAGUUUAACAUUCAGGACUACGUCAGCGACCUCACCUCGAAAUUCUUCCCACGGGGACAACCACCGUGGCAGGUGCACGUGAUAAAUUGUUUCCUUCGCGGAGAGGAGUGCCAAGUAUGCCUAGUUAGAGUCCAUCAUCUGCUCCUCCGACAGGAGCAUUUAGCGGUGGCAGACUUCCUUCCGUUAAAGCAAGCCACAGAGGGAUGGACGUGUCAAGAGCCGGAAUCACCAUUCACGAAUCUCUAUGCGGAGCCAUGCGCUCUUCCCAAGCUCUAUCAGAAGCUCACGGAGAGCUUCAGCAAUUAUUGGAACGAGUUCCUCUACAACAACGAUCCAAACGAGCGACCGGAGAUUUUGAAGAAGCAAAUUGGGAUAUUUCAGUGUGUGAAAAUUGGCAUGAUUGUUUUGGUGUUCUUGCUGAAGGAACUGACGAGACAGUAUCGAAAAGGUGAGCGAUCCAGGUUCACCGACAUCUUCUCGAUCCUCCAACGAGAAGCCUCCAAGCGAAACUUUGGAUUCUUGGUCUUCCUCCGUGCCCUACUGAUGUCCCUAAACCCCAUAGACGCUGUCCACGGCAUCAUUCUCUGGUUAUGGUACCUGGCAGUAACGUUGACGUUGAAAACUCCAGUGUUGAUGCUGAGGGAAGUGCGUGCCCUGAGGUCCCGUCACAAACACUAUUAUCCCGACACUCUGACGUCCAUGCUGUGGUAUUACCUUCCUCUGGUGCUGCAGGCUGGCCUAGAAGUGGUUUCCAUCACCUGGACAGGGAUCAAGGCGCCUAAAAUAAUCCUGGAAGAGUUGUUCUUGAAACACCCUCAAUCCAAUCGUCUGCAGACCACGUCACCUUGUGGACGAAAGGUGGUCGCGUGGUCGGAGGAGGUGGAGCUUGAGGUUCUUCGAAAAAUCUCCAACAUGACGGGAGCAACCCAGGCGGAGAUCUUGCUGACAGCGACGGUGGACGCUCUGAAGCAAUACUUUCGACAUUCAGGUGUCAGCAUACCGGACGACGUGCUCGCUACUGGCAAGUUUACCAAACAAAGAGCCAUAUUCGUGCAGAAUCACGAAGCCAGGGGCAUACUGUGUCUCGCGUUGCCCACGAGGACGCCACUCUUCGAGGACGACUUGGUUGAGAUUUUGCAGGUCAUCCAGAAGAAUAUACGGGAGGCAAGAUCGAAGCAACGCGGGAUAUACGCCAUCACGGCAACGGAAGUGUCUUGCGGAUUAAUUACAUCUUGUUUACCAUCCAUUCUGCUCAAAGUGAUGCUAAACCAGCUCACCAGAAGGUACUCAUUGUGCUUGACUCACGUCGACGGUGACCUGCUCGUGGAAGGUGUCGAUGCGGUGAUGUAUUGGAGACCACCUCAAGGCAACUGUAACAUGUCGAUCACUCUGCACAGGUACGGAAAUGGUGUACGUUUAGGCGUGAUGGGUGAUGCGUUGAUCGGUCCUGAGCACUCCAUAAUUACAAGGACCUUUCCCAAAAGCGUGGAGACUCUUGCCAAUGUGGUCGGGGUUCCCCGAACUCCGAGUCGAAACUCGACACCGAGUCCAGCCAGUCCGAGCACCUCACCAGGAUAUUAAAAGGCGUACGAAGCCCUGCGGGAUAUUAAGCCUCGGAUCUCUGGCUCACGUGGAGAAAAGUUUAUUCACUGUUUUCCACUUAAGGGAAUAACCGAUUCCAGAGGAGGAUGUAUAAUACCUGAGAUCGUCGCAUCGCACCUCCUAAUACAAUAUUUAUGUUAAUUAUUUACACGAUAUAUACGUUUAGUGGAUGUAGCUCGGUUUUAUUGGGAGGUAAAGGAAGAAAAUUUUUUAAGGGUUCUGUUAUUUUCGUCUCCGUCCUUGUCGUGCGUUCUAAAAUACAUUGGAAUACAUAUCGUGAUAUAUUGUAUGUAUAUAUUUAUAUAAAUAUACAUGUUCGUAUCUAUUUAUGCAUACACUUCAACAAUCUAUUUUCAUUUGUAACAAUACAGUUUAAUACAAAGAUUAGGAAAUUAACGCAAUGUUUUUUUUUAUUGUUCGUUAUGCUGAUUAUUGGUUUAGACGAUACAAGUUGCGGAUAUGGCAAAUACGUGAGUGUAGUUAAUUAUCGUUUCAGUUCUUUCUUUUUAUAUUUUAUAGAAUAUAGUCGUCGAUAUUCCAAGUCCUUAACCCUCAGCGGUCGUCCAAUUGUAUAAGGGAGAGGGGUAGAUGAUUGUUACGCGCUUCAAAUUACAAAUUUUUAACAAAGUUAUUAAUUUUAUAAUGUUAGCUUAUAGCAAUUUUUAUCGAAUCAGUCUAUAAAUUACAAUGUUUUGAAAUGUCAGCUUAUAGUAACUUUUUUGUUUGCUUUAUUAUAAGCUUUUAUUUUCAUUCAUAUUUUGUCGAUACUGAAAUUCCAACGUGUAAAGCUAUUUUUUUUAAAUACCUUUAAUAAAAAAAAUAGCUUUAUUAUAGUACAUGACAUAUACAAUUAGAACUUUAGCAUAUGUUGAACGCUUGACCGCACCCCUCCUCCCUGCAUGCUCACAUACUCCCUUAGUAGAAAUGGGUAAUAGUAAAUUAUUAUUAGCGAAACCACCAAUAAUGUAUAUUUGAUUCUUUUUCCCCUACAGUUAAUAGUAUUGAUCCAAGUUGAGGUAAUUUCAGGUGUCUCGCUCAGAACGCAAGUUACGUCGGUUACCAUGGUUCGAAAAUGAAUCAAAUUUGUAAAAUAAAAUGUUUUUUGAAUGAAAAUAAAUUUUGUCAAUCCACCGACUAUGCAUUCACUUAUCUAAUAAGAAUUAUGGCAGUUGACAAUCGAAUCUCCCAGAAACAAACUCGAUGAACUCCAUACAUUAAGAACUGGAGAAAAUUUAUAAAUUAUAAAAUGGAUUUUAUAAUUAAAAUUUAGAAAUUAUUGUAACACAUGUUUAUUAUUUAUAAGCACGGAUUCCUUAUAGUUACUUAAAAUUCAUCUAAAAUUAUAUUUAGAAAGGAAUUUGGUUUCUGAAAGUUCCAAUAGUAUAAGAAAAAAGUCGACUUCCGCAUCUCUUUUAUACCUCUACUUACAAAAAUACUAUCAAUGUUAGAUUAUAUCCUCCCUGAAACUAAGCAAGAUUUGUUUGAAAUAUUUUUGUUUAUCUCCAAGUUAUUCUUUAUGUAAUAAAAUGCAAUAUUAAAUAAAUUAAAGUUAAGAAGCCGGCUUUUAGAAUCUGCUAAAUCUUGUCAUUUGUACUGCCAAUGUUUACACAAACUCGACGUCAAAUAAAAGUAGUAGUUAAUGAUAAUUAAUAACAUCACGAAAUGGAAUAUCACAACUCCGCACUUCCCUCAGUAAGUCGAGACUAAAUUAGUUGAGUUUUCAAAGUCACUGAAUGUCUAUCCCCACCAUGUCGUUCUGGCACUGUCGCGCUCAUAUCUCUCGACAUUUUCUUAUAAUUUCAAUUUAUUUUAUAAUUUCGACUUAAUUUUUUAAGAGAAAUUGCCCCAUACAUGUUUGUACCAUGUUCACCGCCUCUCUCAAAAUAAUUCUCACCAGUCGGCCACGUGUCUAGACCUAUUAUGACCGCAAAGAGUUAAUAAUGCAUUCCGUAAACAAUUUAAAAAUUCCUUUCACCAAAUACAACUCGAAGAUUGAUCGGAAUGUUUGCGUGAACAAUUCAAUUCUACGGAAGUUAAUGUGACAAUUUGAUUGCCAUCGUUGACUAGUUUAUACUUGGAAGCAUGUUAUUAUGUAGCCUUCGUAUAAUAAAGAGACUAAUUCCAUAUAUAUAUGCAUGUAAACAUUGUACCAUAUAACACAGUCGCUUAUACAUAUAUUUGUUUUUGAUAAUAAAAUAUUGUAUACGUGAGAGUAUAUUUCUUUUAGUAGCACUCAAUGAAAUAUAUCGGAGGUAAUUAAGUAAUCUUUCAUCGGUUUUUAAGUACCCACAAACAGAGCAUCUAUGUGAAGGCAUAAACACUGGAAAGAUUUGUCCAGUAAAAUCACGAAUUACUAUAAUUACGUCUUUCAAACGUGCUAUGAAAUCUAUCUCUAUUUAAAUACUUCGAAAAUCUGUAAAAAAGCAUCGAAAAGUUUAGUGAAAUCGUUUUGUUCCUUUUGUUUUUUUUUUUAAUUCAGUGUACACAACUCGGUAACAUCGAAUUUCAACACACCUUGAAUAUAUUAAUUUUUAAUAAUAAUACCGUUACACGUACACGCCGUUCUGAAUAGAUAUACAGACUAAUUUCGAAACUUUCCUAAUUUCUUUUUCCUAAAAUUGGAUACAAUCACAGUUAGAACGUUUAGUUUUACAUCGUUACGAUUGAGUUUUGAUUCUUCGUCUUGUUACUUCCAUUUGGACAUUAUAAGGCAAACGUUUAGAACUGUACCAAUUUCUAAUUGUUCUCUAUCGAUUACUUUCUUAACUAAUGUUCACGACAGAGCUGGGCACUUUUGAAAUGAUAUCACUUGAAAUAUCAUUUCAAAUAACGUAUUAUUCUAUUUUACAAUUAUUUGAAAUAAUUGUGAAAUUGUUUUCUAGUAAUGUUCGAAAUAAUGUUUCGAGUCGCGUUAUUUUAUUUCAUAAUUAUCUUCAUACUUGCGAUCACAUUCAAAACAACGUUAUUUGAAAUAUUAUGACGAAUAAUAUUAUUUUAUUUUAUAAUUAUUCGAAAUAAUUGUGAAAUUAUUCUUCAAAAUUGUAUUAUCGGACAAAAAUCUAUAAAUGAUAGUUGUAUUACUUUGAGGAUUAUAUAUUUAGUUGAAAUAAAAAAAUUACCAAAUAAUUUGUUAUUCAAUCAUUAUUUCUGCUAUUAUUUCAAAUAAAUUAUAUUAAUUAUGAAAGUAACGAUUCAAAAUAAAUAAUUUCAAAUAAUUAUUUCUCACUUUCAUACCAAUUGAAAUUUGCCCAGGUCUGGUUCACGGAUACGCGAGUUGAAAAGUAUUUCAAGUCCCCUGGUGCAACAAUAGCCAAGUAGCGUAGCCACCGAUUUCACGCGUUUUGAUGACUAAUAACGAGCACAAAGUAAAGAUAAUAGACAAUCUGACGAUUGAUGCACACAUGCGUACUAUAAGCGUUUGCAAAUCGUUAGGAAAGCAGCUGUUCCUCGUUUAAUCAUGAAUAUGUUUAUGACUAGAAGUAAAAUAAAUUUCGAUGGGAAACAUCUGAGCUUGGGAAAAAUUAAUUGUUAAGAUAAUAUUCAGGAUCGUGCUAUAAUUUAAUUCUAUUUUCGUUAAAAAUAACAAUAUUUCAGCUUUAUCAAGAGAUAUACUUUUGCGUCAUUCAAUACUUAAAUAAUGCGUAUCACGUGUGUUAAUCAAACGGAAAAUCACUAAUUUCAUGGAACCGAUAGAUAAGAUUGUUUUGUCAUUUUAAUGAAACAAAAAACUUAGCCAAAGACGAUAUCUAAUAAGAUUUAGUAACGAUAAAUCUCUCUUCUUCUUAUUUUUGUAUCGAAAUCUGGACUGCUUGGCGUGGUCAAUAUGACUAGGCAAAAAAAUUCGUUGAAUUACUUCCAUAUUUCAUUGUUUUCUUGUUCAGUUUUGACAAUUCCGUGAUUGCAAUUCUUGUAGUUUCCAUAAGACAAUUCCAAAGUAACCGAUCGCUAUAUCUUUUCUACUGCAUACCAAACACAAUUAACUGCAUCUUAUUAGAUUUUAAAUAAUUCUACACUAUUAACAUAUGUACAUUCAGUGUAUGAUACAUUUUAUAAAUAUAUUGACCGAUAAGUACUGAAACUAUUACUUGUUUAGGAAAUUUAAUUAAGUAAUAACUGCGUAGUGCACAUUGUUAGAUUGCUUUAAGGAGUUACACCACACUAGACCAUCAAAAUAAAUGUUAUUUUCACGAUAUUUUAGGGACAAUACUAUGUCCCUAAUUAAAAUGAAUUUUAUUCCUACGAAUAAAACAUAUAAUAAGUAUUGGUCAAAUAUUUUGUAUGUCUACAUUAGGCGCGAGUUAUCAGUGUUUAAUCAGUGUUAAUCAAAAGUUGGGCAAUAUUACAAUUUCUAGAAGAAUAUAUAUAAUUUGAACAAAUCUCUUUAAUUUGAGAAAUGAACAUGUUUAAAAUAAAACAGAUUGUUUUAGCAAGCCAUAUUUUGAUUAUAUAUUGACACUUAAUUGCAAAAAAGUUUAUUUUCUUUUGUGGCGUAACUCCUUAAAUUAUAGCAAGGAUUCAAACAAUAUUAGCACAAUAAUUAACAAACGAAGAGCGACCUGGGACAAGGUAUGAAUACUUUCCUUAUAUUCAUCCUAAUCACGAUCCUUUUAUACUUCGAAGCCACUGCUGUAAGAAUGUUAAGAAAAUUAUAUGGCAGGGGAUCGAUCAACAUAUUCGUCGUUUAAUUUCGUAACGGU